AUGGAGAAGAAGAAAAAGAUCAUUGAUAAGUGGAAUUUAGGAUUAUGGGCAACUGGUAAGAGUAAUAAUGUAACUCAAGAGGAAUUAAUUGCUUUGGUCAAUAUUCCUAAGUCUCCGUUGUACCAAGCACUGUUAGUCUCUGAGAACCAUCAUUUGGCUGUGUGUCCAGCAGCCCGGAAUGGGAUACAAUGGCUAGCUCGUCGCCUUCUUCAGCUUACAGGUAGGUUCACGGAGCGUCAAUUAUAUAGACUUCAUGAACCACCAGCUGCUAUUGCCCGACACAAUUUUCCAUAUUUAAAUUCGUGGGAAGCAUACCCAACUGUCCUGGCAAAAUCUAUAACAGUCUUGAUGGCCCGUCAUCCAUUUGAUCGUCUUUUAGCAUCUUACCGCCAUAUAUUAGAGGACCCAGAAAAAAAUCCACAUGGGUAUCUGCAUUAUGGACGCCGUAUUGUUCGAACCUACCGCCAGUCCCCAGGCCAUAGUAAGGGGCCUACUUUUGAGGAAUUUGUCAGGUUCUUACUGGCACGUGACACACACCACCUGGAAGAUUCUUGGCAGUUGACAAUGCGCCGUUGCACUCCUUGUCAUAUACAGUAUAACAUGGUAACCCACUUUGAGACACUCUGGCAUGACGUACAGUGGGCUUGGAAGAAAGCUGGUCUUGGAUCACUCAACACUACAGAUUAUUUUGUCUACAACCUCACGCCCAAGAUACGCAAGCAGUACUUUUCGGAGCUCACUUUAGCACAAAUCCUAGAGUUGUACAAAAAAUAUAAACUGGAUUUUCAACUAUAUGGAUAUACAAUAGAGGAGCACAUGGCAUAUGCAAAACCUGGAGAAGAGGCACUAGAUCCUGCGCUCAUGGUUGAUCUUCCUCGGGCAAAUCAUGACAUGCUGCAGAUCUUGCUGGAAGCAGCACGGGAGAAAGCACUUCUGAAGGCAGAACAUGCAAAUGCAGUUAAGGCACAAGCACCAGAGUCGGGUAGCUCCAGCAUGGGUCUGCCCCUCACAGGUGAAAGAGGUUCACAUGUUGAUAUUAGUAAUGACAUAGAACCUGAUGCAGACAACUCUAAACCAGAGUAGAAGUUAGUAAAUAUUCAACCAAAAACUGCAGCUCAAAGAAUUUUCAAAUAUAGUUACUGUAUUUGUCAUGUGAAUUAAUACAUUCACAAGGAAAUAUUAAACCCACAAAAGUGGUCAUACAACACCUGCAGAAUAAGGUUUGAUCUGAGGAAAGGAUAGUAUUAUCAGGGGGAGCGUUAAACCUGUAGGUGUUAUACAGCGCCUGUGGGGGUGAAGGCAUUCAGGCUUAAUUCAGGGAAUUCGAGCAAAAAUCCAAUACCCUAGAUCAAGAGCCCCUCACCAGCAUCAAAGAACCUCCCUUGAGGGGUGAGGAAAGGAAAGCUACCUUCAUUUUCUUGGCUCAAAGAGCCCUUCAGUGGUUGUCAAAUGAGGUAAGACUUGGAAGUGGUGCCAUGACAGGCCGUGAAGGUAGUGCCUGUUGGAUUAUUAUUAUUAUAAUCAAAAAGAAGCGCUAAGCCACAAGGGCUAUACAGCGGUGCCUGUUGGAAAAGCAGUAAUGGGUGUCUCAGGUGUAGCCUAUGUCAUGUGAUAUCUCUUCCUAGUUUAGAUAUACAGUAUUGAUCACAAGUGAUUAGCAGUAAUCUUCAUGCGUCUAGCGAUUUCAUAUUGCAGCACGUUCAUAAGGAUCACUGAACAUGUAGAGCUUUGGGAAUGGGAGGUAAUUAGGUCUGAUCUAAGAAAGGGAAGGACAUGUCGAGUCAUAUUUUUGUGAUAAUAUGUAAUGACUGAGCAGUGCAACAAUGAUUUUUUUUAAUUGUUGCAAACCAUAACAAUGUGUUCAUAAAUUGUGAUGUUCUUUCU